AGAAGGAGAAGGAGGAGGAGGUCGCUGUCUUUGUAGUCUCCCUGGUGCGGGAGCGAGAGGCCGCCGCUGGAGCCCGUUGUCGUUGGAAAAGGGCUGUGUGCGCGCGCGUGUCUGCCUGCCCGGCCCUCGGGGACGAGGCGACGGUGGCGGCAGCGGCGAGGAUGAUGAUGUGCGCAGCGACUGCCUCUCCCGCCGCCGCCUCCUCGGGGCCCGGCGGGGACGGAUUCUUCCCAGCCGCCACCAUCUCUUCCUCCCCGGCGCCGGGGGCGCUGUUCAUGCCGGUUCCCGAGGGCUCCUUGGCGGCCGCGGGGCUGGGGCUGGGGCUGCCCCGCCGGGACUCCCGGGGGUCCGACUACCAGCUGCUGCUGUCAGGGGCCCUGGCCGACCGCUACCGGAGGAUUUACACAGCUGCGCUCAGUGACAGGGACCAGGGGGGCAGCAGCGCUGGACACCCGGCCUCCAGGAAUAAGAAAAUUUUAAAUAAGAAGAAGUUGAAAAGAAAACAGAAGAGCAAAUCAAAAGUGAAGACAAGAAGCAAGUCUGAAAACUUGGAGAAUACAGUAAUAAUACCAGAUAUCAAACUACAUAGCAAUCCUUCUGCAUUUAAUAUUUAUUGCAAUGUACGCCAUUGCAUUCUGGAAUGGCAGAAAAAGGAAACAUCAUUGGCAGCUGCAUCUAAGAACUCUGUGCAGAGUGGAGAAUCAGAUAGUGAUGAAGAGGAGGAAUCCAAAGAGCCCCCUAUCAAACUUCCAAAGAUCAUUGAGGUUGGACUUUGUGAAGUUUUUGAAUUGAUCAAGGAGACGCGAUUUUCCCAUCCAUCCCUGUGCCUCAGGAGUCUCCAAGCCCUGCUUAACGUGCUUCAGGGUCAGCAGCCAGAAGGCCUCCAGUCAGAGCCACCUGAGGUCCUAGAGUCUCUCUUCCAGCUCCUUUUGGAAAUCACCGUUCGAAGUACUGGAAUGAAUGACAGCACAGGACAGUCUCUGACAGCACUUUCCUGUGCUUGUCUCUUUAGCCUGGUGGCUGCUUGGGGAGAAACAGGAAGGACACUUCAGGCCAUCUCUGCUAUCCUCACCAACAAUGGCAGCCAUGCUUGCCAAACUAUUCAGGUGCCAAUGAUACUAAAUUCACUACAGAGAAGUGUACAGGCAGUGUUGGUGGGAAAAAUUCAAAUUCAGGACUGGUUUAGCAAUGGCAUUAAGAAAGCAGCUUUAAUGCACAAGUGGCCAUUAAAAGAAAUAUCUGUUGAUGAAGAUGAUCAAUGUCUACUUCAGAAUGAUGGAUUUUUCCUUUAUCUGUUAUGCAAGGAUGGAUUAUACAAAAUAGGCUCUGGAUACAGUGGAACAGUUAGGGGCCACAUUUAUAAUUCUACAUCUCGCAUCAGAAACAGAAAAGAAAAAAAAUCUUGGUUAGGAUAUGCUCAGGGUUAUUUAUUGUAUAGAGAUGUGAAUAACCACAGCAUGACAGCCAUAAGAAUAAGCCCUGAAACACUGGAACAAGAUGGUACUGUAAUGUUACCAGAUUGCCACACUGAAGGUCAAAAUAUUUUAUUCACUGAUGGAGAAUAUAUUAAUCAGAUAGCUGCUUCAAGAGAUGAUGGCUUUGUUGUCAGAAUAUUUGCCACAAGCACUGAGCCUGUGCUACAACAAGAAUUACAACUUAAACUGGCCAGAAAAUGCUUACAUGCCUGUGGUAUCUCACUGUUUGACCUGGAAAAGGACUUGCAUAUUAUAAGUACAGGAUUUGAUGAGGAAUCAGCAAUUCUUGGUGCAGGACGAGAGUUUGCACUAAUGAAAACAGCAAAUGGAAAGAUAUAUUACACUGGCAAAUACCAGAGUCUUGGAAUCAAACAAGGCGGACCUUCAGCAGGAAAGUGGGUUGAGCUACCAAUUACGAAAUCUCCAAAGAUUGUACACUUCUCAGUUGGACACGAUGGCUCUCAUGCCCUUUUAGUUGCAGAAGACGGAAGCAUAUUCUUUACAGGAUCUGCUAGUAAAGGAGAAGACGGAGAGUCAACUAAGAGCAGACGUCAGUCGAAACCUUAUAAACCUAAAAAGAUAAUUAAGAUGGAAGGAAAGAUUGUGGUGUAUACAGCCUGCAACAAUGGAAGUAGUUCUGUUAUUUCUAAAGAUGGAGAGCUGUACAUGUUUGGAAAAGAUGCCAUUUACUCUGAUAGUUCAAGUUUGGUAACAGAUUUGAAAGGCCAUUUUGUAACUCAGGUAGCUAUGGGCAAAGCUCAUACUUGUGUUUUAAUGAAGAAUGGAGAAGUCUGGACAUUUGGUGUAAAUAAUAAAGGACAGUGUGGACGAGACACUGGUGCCAUGAACCAAGGUGGGAAAGGGUUUGGAGUUGAAAAUAUGGCAACAGCAAUGGAUGAGGACCUGGAAGAAGAGCUGGAUGAGAAAGACGAGAAGUCCAUGAUGUGCCCUCCGGGCAUGCACAAGUGGAAGCUGGAGCAGUGCAUGGUGUGCACCGUCUGUGGAGACUGUACCGGGUACGGUGCCAGCUGUGUCAGUAGUGGGCGUCCAGACAGAGUUCCUGGAGGGAUCUGUGGUUGUGGUUCUGGAGAAUCUGGCUGUGCUGUAUGUGGAUGUUGCAAGGCUUGUGCUAGAGAAUUGGAUGGUCAAGAGGCAAGACAAAGAGGAAUUCUUGAUGCAGUCAAAGAGAUGAUACCUUUAGAUCUUCUAUUAGCUGUCCCAGUACCUGGGGUUAACAUUGAAGAACACCUUCAGUUACGACAAGAAGAAAAACGGCAGCGUGUAAUCAGGAGACACAGAUUAGAUGAAGGAAGAGGCCCCCUUGUAUUUGCUGGUCCUAUUUUUAUGAACCAUCGAGAACAGGCUCUAGCCAGACUCAGAUCCCAUCCAGCACAGCUAAAGCAUAAACGGGACAAGCACAAAGAUGGAAGUGGAGAACGAGGAGAAAAGGAUGCAAGCAAAAUCACAACAUAUCCUCCAGGCUCUGUGCGAUUUGACUGUGAGCUCCGGGCAGUACAAGUCAGCUGUGGAUUUCACCAUUCAGUGGUUUUAAUGGAAAAUGGAGAUGUCUAUACAUUUGGAUAUGGGCAGCAUGGGCAGCUCGGACAUGGGGAUGUCAAUUCCAGGGGAUGUCCCACUCUUGUUCAAGCAUUGCCAGGCCCUAGCACACAAGUUACUGCAGGCAGCAACCACACGGCAGUACUUUUAAUGGAUGGACAGGUCUUCACAUUUGGAAGUUUUUCUAAAGGACAACUGGGCAGACCAAUUUUGGAUGUCCCAUAUUGGAAUGCAAAACCAGCUCCCAUGCCCAACAUUGGAUCAAAAUAUGGAAGAAAAGCUACCUGGAUAGGUGCAAGUGGGGACCAGACUUUCUUACGAAUUGAUGAAGCACUUAUUAAUUCUCAUGUGCUCGCUACAUCAGAAAUUUUUGCCAGUAAACACAUAAUAGGCUUGGUACCUGCUUCUAUAUCAGAACCUCCUCCAUUUAAGUGUCUUCUGAUAAAUAAAGUGGAUGGGAGUUGUAAAACUUUUAAUGACUCUGAACAAGAGGAUCUGCAAGGAUUUGGUGUGUGUCUUGAUCCUGUGUAUGACGUCAUUUGGAGGUUUCGACCAAACACUAGAGAGCUGUGGUGUUACAAUGCAGUGGUCGCUGAUGCCCGAUUUCCCUCUGCAGCAGACAUGCAGUCCCGAUGUAGUAUUCUGAGUCCUGAACUUGCCUUACCAACAGGAUCAAGGGCUCUCACCACCCGGUCUCAUGCGGCUUUGCACAUUCUAGGUUGUCUUGAUACCUUGGCAGCUAUGCAGGAUUUAAAAAUGGGUGUUGCAAGUACAGAGGAGGAAACUCAAGCAGUAAUGAAGGUUUAUUCCAAAGAAGAUUAUAGUGUAGUAAACAGGUUUGAAAGUCAUGGAGGUGGCUGGGGUUACUCUGCUCAUUCAGUAGAAGCUAUACGUUUUAGUGCUGACACGGAUAUUUUACUUGGUGGUCUUGGUCUGUUUGGAGGUAGAGGAGAAUAUACUGCUAAAAUUAAGCUGUUUGAGUUGGGUCCUGAUGGAGGAGAUCACGAAACUGAUGGAGACCUUCUUGCAGAGACUGAUGUAUUGGCCUAUGACUGUGCUGCGAGAGAAAAAUAUGCAAUGAUGUUUGAUGAACCAGUUCUCCUGCAAGCUGGCUGGUGGUAUGUGGCCUGGGCUCGAGUGUCAGGACCCAGUAGUGACUGUGGAUCUCAUGGACAAGCUUCUAUUACCACAGAUGAUGGGGUUGUUUUCCAAUUUAAGAGUUCAAAGAAAUCAAAUAAUGGUACAGAUGUUAACGCUGGUCAGAUACCUCAAUUAUUAUACAGACUUCCAACAAGUGAUGGCAGUGCUUCAAAAGGCAAACAGCAAACCAGUGAACCGGUACACAUUUUAAAGAGAUCUUUUGCAAGAACUGUCUCGGUGGAAUGUUUUGAGUCAUUGUUGAGUAUUCUUCACUGGAGCUGGACCACCUUGGUCUUGGGCGUUGAAGAGCUUAGGGGAUUGAAAGGAUUCCAGUUUACAGCUACGCUUCUAGAUUUAGAGAGACUGCGCUUUGUGGGUACCUGUUGUCUGAGGUUAUUGCGUGUCUAUACCUGUGAAAUUUACCCAGUGUCAGCUACAGGAAAAGCAGUUGUAGAAGAAACUAGCAAGUUAGCAGAAUGUAUUGGAAAAACCAGAACCUUGUUAAGAAAAAUUUUGUCGGAAGGAGUUGAUCACUGCAUGGUGAAGCUGGAUAAUGAUCCCCAGGGAUAUCUCAGUCAACCCUUGAGUCUCCUAGAAGCUGUCCUUCAGGAGUGUCACAAUACCUUUACUGCCUGUUUUCAUUCUUUCUACCCAACUCCUGCCUUACAGUGGGCUUGCCUUUGUGAUCUGCUGAAUUGUUUGGAUCAGGAUAUCCAGGAGGCAAACUUCAAGACAUCAAGUAGCCGACUCCUUGCAGCUGUGAUGUCAGCUCUGUGUCACACCUCUGUUAAGCUGACUUCUAUCUUCCCUAUUGCGUAUGAUGGAGAAGUACUACUGCGAUCAAUUGUCAAACAAGUUAGCACAGAGAAUGACUCAACACUGGUUCACCGCUUUCCCCUUUUGGUGGCACAUAUGGAAAAACUCAGCCAGAAUGAAGAGAAUAUCUCGGGGAUGACGAGCUUCCGAGAAGUUCUGGAGAAGAUGCUGGUCAUUGUCGUGCUCCCAGUCAGGAACAGCCUGCGGAGAGAACAUGAGCUCUUCUCCUCCCACCUGGUCUCCAACACCUGCGGGUUACUGGCCAGCAUUGUCAGCGAGCUGACGGCGUCGGCCCUGGGGUCUGAGAUUGAUGGACUUAAUUCUCUCCACUCCGUUAAAGCCAGUGCUAACCGAUUCACAAAAACAAGUCAGGGGAGAAGUUGGAAUACUGGGAAUGGGUCCCCAGAUGCAAUCUGUUUUUCAGUAGACAAACCUGGAAUAGUUGUCGUUGGUUUUUCGGUCUAUGGAGGAGGUGGAAUUCAUGAAUAUGAAUUAGAAGUGUUGGUUGAUGAUAGUGAACAUGCAGGGGAUUCCACUCAUUCUCACAGAUGGACGUCUCUGGAAUUAGUCAAAGGAACUUAUACAACAGAUGAUUCACCCAGUGAUAUAGCUGAAAUCAGACUUGACAAAGUUGUUCCUUUAAAGGAAAAUGUUAAAUAUGCUGUGCGCUUGAGGAACUAUGGAAGCCGCACAGCCAACGGAGACGGAGGAAUGACCACAGUGCAGUGCCCGGAUGGCGUGACGUUUACAUUCAGCACGUGCAGCCUGAGCAGUAAUGGCACAAACCAAACCAGAGGACAGAUUCCGCAGAUUCUCUACUACAGGAGUGAAUUUGAUGGAGAUUUGCAAUCCCAACUUCUGAGUAAAGCCAAUGAAGAAGAUAAAAACUGUAGCAGGGCUCUCUCUGUGGUAAGCACUGUUGUUCGAGCUGCAAAAGACCUCUUGCACAGAGCUCUUGCUGUGGAUGCUGAUGACAUUCCAGAGCUGCUCAGCUCUUCCAGUCUGUUUUCCAUGCUGCUUCCCCUUAUCAUAGCCUACAUAGGACCAGUAGCUGCUGCAAUUCCCAAGGUGGCUGUAGAAGUCUUUGGCCUUGUCCAACAGUUGCUUCCUUCAGUUGCCAUUUUGAAUCAGAAGUAUGCACCCCCUGCAUUCAAUCCUAAUCAGUCAACAGACAGCACCACAGGAAACCAGCCUGAACAGGGCCUCUCUGCUUGUACAACCUCUAAUCACUAUGCUGUCAUAGAGAGCGAGCACCCGUAUAAACCUGCAUGUGUGAUGCACUACAAGGUGACAUUCCCGGAGUGUGUGCGGUGGAUGACAAUCGAGUUUGACCCCCAGUGUGGUACUGCACAGUCAGAAGAUGUCCUCCGUUUGCUGAUUCCUGUUAGAACUGUGCAAAAUUCAGGAUAUGGACCAAAAUUGACAUCUGUUCAUGAAAAUCUUAAUUCCUGGAUAGAAUUAAAGAAAUUUUCCGGAUCCUCUGGGUGGCCUACUAUGGUCUUAGUGUUACCAGGAAAUGAGGCCCUUUUUUCAUUGGAGACUGCAUCAGAUUAUGUGAAAGAUGAGAAAGCUUCUUUCUAUGGUUUCAAAUGUUUUGCAAUUGGAUAUGAGUUUAGCCCUGGACCUGAUGAGGGAGUCAUUCAGUUGGAAAAAGAACUAGCCAAUCUUGGUGGGGUUUGUGCAGCAGCUUUGAUGAAAAAGGAUCUAGCACUUCCUAUUGGUAAUGAAUUAGAGGAAGAUCUUGAAAUUCUUGAAGAGGCUGCAUUACAGGUGUGCAAAACCCAUUCUGGUAUUCUUGGAAAGGGUUUAGCUCUUUCUCACUCACCAACUAUAUUGGAGGCGCUCGAAGGAAACUUACCACUGCAAAUCCAAAGCAACGAGCAGUCCUUUUUGGAUGAUUUUAUUGCUUGUGUUCCAGGAUCAAGUGGUGGAAGGCUUGCGAGGUGGCUUCAGCCAGAUUCCUAUGCUGAUCCUCAGAAAACAUCUUUGAUUCUGAAUAAGGAUGAUAUUCGUUGUGGUUGGCCUACUACCAUAACUGUUCAAACAAAAGACCAGUAUGGGGAUGUGGUACAUGUUCCCAAUAUGAAGGUGGAAGUGAAAGCUGUUCCUGUUUCUCAGAAAAAAACAUCUUUACAACAAGAGCAGGUAAAGAAAGCUCAGAGGAUUCCUGGCAGUCCCGCAGUAACAGCUCCUUCUUCUAAUACUGACAUGACUUUUGGCGGGCUGGCAUCACCAAAGCUGGAUGUUUCAUAUGAACCAAUGAUAGUGAAAGAGGCUCGAUAUAUUGCCAUAACAAUGAUGAAGGUUUAUGAAAACUACUCAUUUGAAGAACUGCGUUUUGCAUCACCAACUCCUAAGAGACCCAGUGAGAAUAUGCUGAUUCGUGUCAAUAAUGAUGGCACUUAUUGUGCAAAUUGGACACCGGGCGCUAUUGGACUCUACACUAUUCAUGUGACCAUCGAUGGCAUUGAAAUAGAUGCUGGACUAGAAGUAAAAGUAAAAGACCCGCCAAAAGGGAUGAUACCACCAGGAACUCAGCUGGUCAAACCAAAGACUGAGCCUCAACCAAAUAAGGUUCGAAAAUUUGUGGCCAAGGACAGUGCAGGGCUCCGUAUCCGCAGCCACCCUUCCCUUCAGAGUGAGCAGAUAGGCAUAGUGAAGGUCAAUGGAACUAUCACUUUCAUUGAUGAGAUCCACAAUGAUGACGGUGUGUGGCUGAGACUGAAUGACGAGACGAUAAAGAAGUAUGUUCCUAACAUGAAUGGUUACACUGAAGCCUGGUGCCUCUCUUUUAAUCAGCAUCUCGGCAAGAGUCUCCUGGUCCCUGUUGAUGAACCUAAAACUAAUACUGAUGACUUUUUCAAAGACAUAAACUCCUGCUGCCCACAGGAAGCAACGAUGCAAGAACAAGACAUGCCGUUCUUGCGAGGAGGGCCGGGCAUGUACAAGGUAGUGAAGACGGGACCUUCCGGUCACAACAUCAGAAGCUGCCCUAACCUUAGAGGUAUCCCAAUUGGAAUGUUAGUUCUGGGAAACAAAGUCAAAGCAGUGGGAGAGGUAACCAAUUCUGAAGGUACGUGGGUGCAGCUGGAUAAGAACAGCAUGGUAGAGUUCUGUGAGAGUGAUGAAGGAGAGGCAUGGUCCUUAGCUAGAGACAGAGGCGGAAACCAGUACCUCCGACAUGAAGAUGAACAAGUUCUUCUGGAUCAAAAUUCUCAAACUCCUCCUCCAAGCCCUUUCUCUGUACAAGCUUUUAAUAAAGGGGCAAGUUGCAGUGCCCAAGGAUUUGAUUAUGGACUUGGAAAUAACAAAGGUGACCGAGGAACUAUCUCAACACCUAGACCAGUCUGUACAUCAGGAAAAUCAGAACUGUCCUCCAAACACAGCAGAACACUUAAACCUGAUGGACGUAUGAGCCGGACCACUGCUGAUCAGAAGAAGCCCAGGGGUACAGAAGGUUUAUCGGCCAGCGAAUCUCUCAUGUUGAAAUCUGACGCUGCCAAGUUGAGGUCAGAUUCUCACAGUCGGUCACUGUCCCCGAACCAUAACACCCUACAGACACUGAAAUCUGAUGGGAGAAUGUCUUCUAGCCUCAGAGCUGAAUCCCCAGGACCAGGUUCUCGGCCAUCAUCUCCUAAGCCAAAGACCCUCCCCGCCAACAGGUCUAGCCCAUCUGGUGCUAGUUCUCCACGCUCCUCCUCACCACAUGAGAAAAAUCUACCUCAGAAGAGCACUGCUCCUGUUAAGACGAAACUUGAUCCCCCUCGAGAACGUUCCAAAUCAGACUCUUACACACUUGACCCAGAUACCCUCCGCAAGAAGAAGAUGCCGCUCACGGAACCACUAAGGGGACGAUCAACAUCGCCAAAACCAAAACCAGUCCCAAAAGAUGCUAAAGAGUCCUCUGGAUCCGAAAAUAGAGCCCCUUCUCCCCAUGUGGUACAAGAAAACCUCCACAGUGAAGUGGUUGAAGUCUGUACUUCAAGUACUUUAAAAACAAACAGUCUAACAGACAGCACCUGUGAUGAAAGCAGUGAGUUUAAGAGUGUGGAUGAAGGUUCAAAUAAAGUUCAUUUCAGCAUAGGAAAAGCACCACUGAAAGAUGAACAGGAAAUGAGAGCAUCCCCUAAAAUAAGUCGAAAAUGUGCAAAUAGGCAUACCAGGCCCAAGAAGGAAAAAUCUAGCUUUCUCUUCAAAGGAGAUGGAGCCAAACCUUUAGAGCCGGCCAAGCAAGCCAUGUCCCCUUCUGUGGCUGAGUGUGCCAGAGCAGUCUUUGCCUCUUUCUUGUGGCACGAAGGCAUAGUGCACGAUGCAAUGGCUUGUUCUUCUUUCUUAAAAUUUAAUCCUGAACUUUCCAAAGAGCAUGCUCCUAUAAGAAGUAGUCUAAACAGCCAGCAGCCUACAGAAGAAAAGGAAACCAAAUUAAAAAACAGACACUCAUUGGAAAUAUCAUCUGCACUGAAUAUGUUUAAUAUUUCACCUCAUGGACCAGAUAUAUCUAAAAUGGGUAGUAUCAACAAAAAUAAGGUAUUGUCUAUGCUGAAGGAACCUCCUCUGCAUGAAAAAUGUGAAGAUGGGAAGACUGAAGCCACUUUUGAAAUGUCCAUGCAUCACCCAAUGAAGUCCAAGUCUCCUCUUCCCUUAACUCUACAACAUUUAGUGGCUUUUUGGGAAGACAUCUCUUUGGCUACUAUCAAAGCAGCUUCCCAGAAUAUGAUUUUUCCAAGUCCUGGUUCUUGUGCAGUCCUUAAAAAGAAAGAGUGUGAGAAAGAGAAUAAAAAGGCCAAGAAAGAAAAAAAGAAAAAAGACAAGACAGAAGUUCGGCCCAGGGGUAAUUUGUUUGGUGAGAUGGCCCAGCUGGCAGUAGGAGGCCCAGAGAAAGACACCAUCUGUGAGCUGUGUGGAGAGUCCCAUCCGUACCCAGUGACGUACCACAUGAGACAGGCUCACCCCGGUUGUGGCCGGUAUGCUGGUGGACAAGGUUACAAUAGCAUUGGGCAUUUUUGUGGAGGAUGGGCUGGUAACUGUGGUGAUGGAGGCAUAGGAGGAAGCACGUGGUAUCUGGUGUGUGAUCGCUGUAGAGAAAAAUACCUCCGUGAAAAACAGGCUGCUGCAAGGGAGAAGGUCAAACAGUCUAGGAGGAAGCCACUGCAAGUCAAGACCCCUCGUGCCUUGCCCACCAUGGAAGCUCACCAGGUGAUUAAAGCCAACGCCCUCUUCCUGCUGUCCCUGAGCAGUGCAGCCGAGCCAAGCAUUCUGUGUUACCAUCCUACAAAGCCAUUCCAGUCUCAGCUUCCCAGCGUCAAAGAGGGCAUUUCUGAGGAUCUUCCGGUUAAAAUGCCUUGUCUCUACCUGCAGACAUUAGCUAGGCAUCACCAUGAAAAUUUUGUGGGUUAUCAAGAUGACAACCUGUUCCAGGAUGAAAUGAGAUACCUGCGUUCAACUUCGGUACCUGCCCCAUACAUAUCCGUGACUCCUGACGCAAGUCCUAAUGUGUUUGAAGAACCCGAGAGCAACAUGAAGUCCAUGCCACCGAGUUUGGAAACUAGUCCCAUAACUGAUACUGAUCUCGCCAAGAGAACUGUCUUCCAAAGAUCAUACUCAGUUGUUGCUUCUGAAUAUGAUAAACAACACUCCAUUUUACCUGCACGAGUUAAAGCCAUCCCUAGAAGAAGAGUUAACAGUGGAGACACUGAAGUUGGUUCUUCCCUCUUGAGACAUCCAUCUCCUGAGCUUUCCCGGCUAAUCUCUGCCCACAGCUCCCUUUCUAAAGGAGAACGAAAUUUCCAGUGGCCAGUUUUAGCUUUUGUUAUACAGCAUCAUGAUCUAGAAGGUCUUGAAAUAGCAAUGAAGCAGGCCUUAAGGAAGUCUGCUUGUCGAGUUUUUGCUAUGGAGGCUUUCAACUGGCUUCUGUGCAACGUCAUCCAAACAACUUCUCUCCAUGAUAUUCUGUGGCAUUUUGUGGCAUCACUGACUCCGGCUCCAGUGGAACCAGAGGAAGAAGAGGAUGAGGAAAAUAAAACAAACAAAGAAAACACAGAACAAGAGAAAGAUACGAGAGUAUGUGAACAUCCACUCUCAGAUAUAGUGAUUGCAGGGGAAGCCGCUCAUCCUUUACCACAUACAUUUCACCGCUUACUUCAAACGAUCUCCGAUCUUAUGAUGUCUCUCCCCAGUGGCAGUUCAUUACAGCAAAUGGCCCUGAGAUGCUGGAGUCUGAAAUUCAAGCAAUCUGAUCACCAGUUCCUCCAUCAGAGCAAUGUCUUUCAUCACAUUAACAAUAUUUUGUCGAAAUCAGAUGAUGGAGAUAGUGAAGAGAGUUUUAGCAUCAGCAUACAGUCUGGCUUUGAAGCUAUGAGUCAGGAAUUAUGCAUAGUAAUGUGCUUAAAGGACUUAACCAGCAUCGUUGACAUAAAAACUUCAAGCCGACCUGCCAUGAUUGGCAGUUUGACUGAUGGUUCCACAGAAACCUUUUGGGAAUCGGGAGAUGAGGAUAAAAACAAAACUAAGAACAUUACCAUCAACUGUGUAAAAGGAAUCAAUGCCCGCUAUGUAUCUGUUCAUGUGGACAAUUCCCGAGAUCUUGGGAAUAAAGUUACCUCAAUGACCUUCCUAACUGGCAAAGCAGUAGAAGAUUUGUGCAGAAUAAAGCAGGUUGAUCUGGAUUCCAGGCAUAUAGGUUGGGUAACAAGUGAACUUCCAGGAGGGGAUAAUCACAUCAUCAAAAUUGAAUUAAAGGGCCCAGAAAACACACUGAGAGUUCGACAAGUUAAGGUUCUGGGCUGGAAGGAUGGCGAAAGCACAAAGAUUGCUGGCCAGAUUUCAGCCAGUGUGGCCCAGCAAAGGAACUGUGAAGCUGAGACUCUGCGAGUGUUCAGACUCAUUACAUCACAAGUGUUUGGAAAGCUCAUCUCUGGAGAUGCUGAACCGACGCCAGAACAAGAGGAAAAAGCACUGUUGUCAUCACCUGAAGGAGAGGAAAAAGUAUACAAUGCAACAUCAGAUGCUGACCUGAAAGAACAUAUGGUUGGAAUCAUAUUCAGCAGAAGUAAACUGACUAACCUACAAAAACAGGUGUGUGCUCACAUUGUCCAGGCUAUCCGCAUGGAAGCCACCAGAGUUCGUGAAGAAUGGGAACAUGCCAUAUCGAGCAAAGAAAAUGCCAAUUCCCAGCCUAGUGAUGAAGAUGCCUCCUCCGAUGCCUACUGCUUUGAGCUGCUCUCCAUGGUCUUGGCCUUGAGUGGCUCCAACGUGGGCCGACAGUAUCUGGCCCAGCAGCUGACUCUGCUCCAGGACCUCUUCUCACUGCUCCACACCGCCUCUCCGCGAGUCCAGAGACAGGUGACCUCCUUACUAAGACGAGUUUUGCCUGAAGUGACCCCUAAUCGUCUAGCCAGCAUUAUAGGAGUGAAAUCCCUCCCCCCAGCAGAUAUCAGUGAUAUUAUUCACUCAACCGAGAAAGGAGAUUGGAAUAAGCUAGGUAUCCUGGACAUGUUUCUAGGAUGCAUUGCCAAAGCGCUCACAGUACAGCUCAAAGCCAAAGGAACCACCAUCACAGGAACAGCUGGUACCUCCGUGGGCAAAGGAGUUACAACAGUUACCCUUCCGAUGAUUUUCAAUUCCAGUUAUAUUCGACGAGGUGAAAGUCAUUGGUGGAUGAAGGGCUCAACUCCUACCCAGAUCUCAGAGAUCAUCAUUAAACUUAUUAAGGAUAUGGCAGCAGGUCAUCUGUCAGAAGCAUGGUCCCGAGUGACAAAAAAUGCCAUAGCAGAAACCAUCAUUGCCUUGACCAAGAUGGAGGAAGAAUUUAGAUCUCCAGUGAGAUGUAUCGCAACAACUAGGCUCUGGCUUGCUCUGGCAUCACUGUGCGUUCUUGACCAGGACCACGUAGAUCGCCUCUCCUCGGGGAGAUGGAUGGGGAAGGAUGGGCAACAAAAACAAAUGCCUAUGUGUGAUAACCAUGACGACGGUGAAACUGCAGCAAUCAUCUUGUGCAACGUGUGUGGGAACUUAUGUACUGACUGUGACAGAUUCCUUCAUCUUCAUCGGCGAACCAAAACUCAUCAAAGACAGGUCUUCAAAGAAGAAGAAGAAGCUAUUAAGGUUGACCUUCAUGAAGGCUGUGGUAGAACCAAAUUGUUCUGGCUGAUGGCGCUAGCAGAUUCUAAAACAAUGAAGGCAAUGGUGGAGUUCCGAGAACACACAGGCAAACCCACCACAAGUAGCUCGGAAGCAUGCCGUUUCUGUGGUUCCAGGAGUGGCACCGAAUUAUCCGCUGUUGGCAGUGUUUGUUCCGAUGCAGAUUGCCAGGAGUAUGCUAAGAUCGCCUGUAGUAAGACGCAUUCUUGUGGCCAUCCAUGUGGAGGCGUUAAGAACGAAGAGCACUGUCUGCCCUGCCUACACGGCUGUGAUAAAAGUGCCACGGCCCUGAAGCAGGAUGCCGACGACAUGUGCAUGAUCUGCUUCACCGAAGCGCUCUCGGCAGCACCAGCCAUUCAGCUGGACUGUAGUCACGUAUUCCACUUACAGUGCUGUCGACGAGUCUUGGAAAACAGAUGGCUUGGUCCAAGGAUAACAUUUGGAUUUAUAUCUUGUCCCAUUUGCAAGAACAAAAUUAAUCAUAUAGUGUUAAAGGACCUGCUUGAUCCAAUAAAAGAACUCUAUGAGGAUGUCAGAAGAAAAGCUCUAAUGAGAUUGGAAUAUGAAGGUCUGCAUAAGAGUGAAGCUAUCACAACUCCUGGUGUGAGAUUUUAUAACGACCCCGCUGGCUAUGCCAUGAAUAGAUACGCAUAUUAUGUCUGCUACAAAUGCAGAAAGGCGUAUUUUGGGGGCGAAGCUCGCUGCGAUGCUGAGGCUGGACAAGGGGAUGAUUAUGAUCCCAGGGAGCUCAUUUGUGGGGCCUGUUCUGAUGUGUCCAGGGCUCAGAUGUGUCCAAAACACGGCACAGACUUUUUGGAAUAUAAAUGCCGCUACUGCUGCUCGGUGGCUGUCUUCUUCUGUUUUGGGACAACACACUUCUGCAACGCUUGUCACGAUGACUUUCAGAGAAUGACUAGCAUUCCUAAGGAAGAACUACCACACUGUCCCGCAGGUCCCAAAGGGAAACAGUUGGAAGGAACUGAGUGUCCUCUCCAUGUUGUUCAUCCACCCACUGGGGAAGAGUUUGCGCUGGGUUGUGGCGUGUGCAGAAACGCUCACACUUUUUAGAACACUCAGACUCCUUUGUCUACAAAGAGAAAAGUUGCCUUCAUCCCCCAGGCGGAUGCGGUGAAGUUUAACCUCUGCUCAGGAUAAGGACGGGACCAUUUUUACAUCCAUGAAAACUUACCAUUCACAGUGCAAGAAGGAUGCCAAAUACAUGUACAUAAUUCUUGCUGUGGACAGUUUCCCCAUUCUUUCAGUUUAUCUUCUUUUGAACCAAGACAUCAAAUUUGUGAGGUGUUUGCAUGUGGCCAUUACCGUCAUUGGCCUGUGAAACAUUGGACAUUCAUAGAUAAUUGAUAACAAAGAAUUGCCAUGCCCAUGGACUACGAAUGAUGCUGGCUUUCAAGCAAAAAAGAAAAAUAAUCAUUGUUUAUUGUAUACUGCCUUUUUGUAAUCCUGUACAAUUGCAUCACGGGUGGGGAUAAAAAGAGGAAUAUUCUGGUUUAUUUCCUAGACUGUUAUUUAAAAAAAAAUUGUGUUAGGACAGCAUAUAAAUGUAAUAAGUAUCACACUGUAUAUAAAGAUAUCAAUGUUUGUCCUGUAUAAGAAUUACUAAAUUACAAAUGCAGUUUCAUUUAAACUUCUAGGUUAAGUUUGAGCCUGAAAUUUUAAUGAAGUGCAAUACUGAGUGUGCCUCAUUAUCUUGCAGCUGUAAACAUAAUGGAAUGUACAUGUCAAUAAACCACUGUACAUUUUUAUACAGUGAUAAAGUCUAA